AUGGCAGCUUCCAAACCCCUCCGUAUCGGCUUCGUCCCCGAGCAUUUCUCAACACCUCUCCACUAUGCACAGAAACAUUUCGGCUUAGACGCAGAGCUCAUCCCCUUCCCGUCUGGCACUGGCCACAUGAUCACAUCCCUAAGGAGUGGAGAAAUCGAUGUAGGCAUUGGACUUACAGAGGGAUGGGUUGCCGGCUUGGGGAAGGAGGAUGUAGAGGGCGACGGAGGAUACAGGAUAGUAGGAACCUAUGUUGAGACGCCUUUAUGCUGGGCAAUCUCAACAGGCUCCAAACGCACCAUCUCCUCGGUCGCAGACCUCAAGGACGGCAAAGUAGGAGUCUCGCGCAUCGGCAGCGGAUCUUACGUGAUGAGCUUCGUACUCGCAGAUCAGCAGGGCUGGCUUUCCCCUUCGGCGCCUACCCCGUUCGAGUUCACGCCCCUGCAGACGUUCGAGAAACUGCGUAAUGGCGUCAACGACUCUACCGUAGAUUUCUUCAUGUGGGAACACUUCACUUCGAAGAAGUACUACGACAAUGGGGAGAUCAAGAGGGUAGGAGAAAUCUAUACGCCGUGGUCCAGCUGGAAGAUCGUCGCUUCGACAUCUAUCGAGCAAAGUGAUGCGCGGCUCGAAGCACUGUUCGAGAAACUGGAUCAGGGAGUUGAGUAUUUCGAGAAGAAUCAGGAGGAGAGCGUAAAGUAUAUCAGUACGGCGCUUGACUACAGCGAGGAGGACGCGAGGGAGUGGUUGAAGACUGUGAAGUUUACGAAAAAGACGAAGGGGGUCGACGUCGGUGUUAUUCAGAAGACGGUGGAUAUUUUGAAGAAGGCGGGCGUACUUGGUGAGAAGGGGAUGAAGCCUCAGGGUAUGAUUGCUAUUCAAAAGGGUACGUAG